AGGGCAAUUUCUGAACUCACAACUAGUGCAAGAGCACACACGAUUGAAUAAGCAUCGAGGGGUGGGAAGUAGGUGAGGAGGAUCUCAUGUGAUUUUUGCAGACCCUGGGGCACAGAGGAGUCUAUUCGAUUUAAGAAUUGCACGCAGAGCACAUCAUUUCUCCAUCGGUCGUGUGCUCAGAGAGCAACCCCAGUGCAGAAGCCUGGAACAGAUGGACAGACUGCGAGCGGAAAGACAGCAGGCCCUCUUUUGCUUUUCUUCAUCAGCCACGAAUUGCCUGGCCUUAACUGAAAUGCUCAAAGAAGGCGGGAUGGCAGUUCCUACCUGUUAGAAACGUUUCUUGAAAAAUAGGGAAGACAGGACCUACUCCAACCAGCAGUUGGUUCCAGAGGAAGUGGUUUGUUUGCUGGGACUUGUGGCAGAAGGAACAAGCCGGUAGAUUUGGGGGGAUGCAGGUGCUUUGGCAUGACCUGGCUCCCCGGAUCCUCCUACUUGGCACUCCAGGAGAGAUGCCCCACUUAGCUGGCAUGCAAUUGCAGCUGAAAUGCAGCUGAAAAUCCAGAGCUCGUUCUUUUACCCUGAAGCAUGACACUGCUUCAUGGGCAUAUUUCUGCACCCAGGUUUUAAGAACUAAAUUUUCAGUGGAGGAUUUUGUGUGACUUUCUGACCCGAUGGCUGUGCUGGGGGCCAACUCUGCCAUCAGGGCAUUGUAUGAAAAGGCUAAUUGGGAAAGACUAGAUUCUCUUUGGUUUGAUAGCUGCUGAUGUUUUGAUAUGUCCAGCGAGCCAUCUGCAACUACGAACUCCCUGCUGAGUGGCUGGCUGGGAGACAAAGAAAAGGAAAACAGCAAAGAAGUCACCAUGUGAUGUGAGCGGAGAGUUUUUGGCAGCCUGGCCGAACUCAGACCAUAAUCCUUUUCGGAAAUCAUUCUAAACCGGAAUUCUUCACAAUAAACAUGAAAUUAAAAGCAUGAUGUAGUAGUGACCCAAAAGGAAUGUGAAAUCUCCUCCAGGAUAUGCAGAGACCUGUGGAUGCUUUGUUUCUAGACUCUUGCUCCAGCUUUCCUGAGAGUCAGAAUGAGCAAGAGGCACAUAAAUGUCGGUCAGCAAACAUGGGCUCUCCUCUGUAAGAACUUUCUGAAAAAGUGGAGGAUGAAAAGAGAGACUUUGUUGGAAUGGUUUUUCUCAUUUCUUCUAGUGCUGUUUACAUAUCAAUUCUCCUCCAAUUUACAUCAAGUUAAUGACUUUACUCAAUUGCCUGCAAUGGAUCUGGGACGUGUAGAUAAUUUUAAUGAUUCUAAUUAUGUAAUUGCAUUUGCACCUGAAUCCAAAACAACCCAGGAGAUAAUGAACAAGGUGGCUUCAGCCCCAUUCAUGAAAGGAAGAACAGUCCUGGGGUGGCCAGAUGAGAAAAGCAUGGAAGACUUGGAUUUAAACUACUCUGUAGAUGCAGUGAAAGUCCUCUUUAAUGAUACCUUCUCAUAUCAUUUGAAAUUUUUCUGGGGAGGUAGGAUCCCCAAGGUGAAGGAACACAGAGACCAUUCAGCUCAUUGUCAAGUAAUGGAUGAAAAAGUCACAUGCGAAGCUUCAAUGUUCUGGGAGAAAGGCUUUGUAGCUUUUCAAGCUGCCAUUAACGCUGCUAUCAUAGAAAUUACAACAAAUCAUUCAGUGAUGGAAGAGCUGAUGUCCAUUACUGGUAUAAAUAUGAAGAUACUACCUUUUGUUGCCCAAGCAGGAGUCGUGACUGAUCUUUUCAUAUUCUUCUGCAUUAUUUCUUUUUCUGCGUUCAUUUACUAUGUAUCAGUCAAUGUUACACAAGAAAGACAAUACAUUAAGUCACUGAUGAUGAUGAUGGGCCUUCGAGAGUCAGCAUUCUGGCUCUCCUGGGGUUUGAUGUAUGCUGGCUUCAUCUUUAUCGUGGCUACUUUGAUGGCUCUUAUUGUAAAAUCUGCCCAAAUUGUCGUCCUAACUGGCUUCGUGGUGGUCUUCACCCUCUUUCUCCUUUAUGGCCUGUCUCUGAUAACCUUAGCUUUCCUGAUGAGCGUGUUGAUAAAGAAACCUUUCCUUACUGGGUUGGUUGUCUUUCUCCUUACUGUCUUCUGGGGGAGUCUGGGAUUCACUGCAUUGUACAGACAACUUCCUGCAUUUUUGGAAUGGACUUUAUGUUUUCUGAGCCCUUUUGCUUUCACUGUGGGCAUGGCCCAGCUUAUACAUUUGGACUAUGAUGUGAACUCUAACAUCCAUUUGGAUUCUUCAGACAACCCCUACCUAAUAAUAGCUACUCUUUUCAUGUUGGUUUUUGAUGCUCUUUUGUAUUUGGCUUUGACAUUAUAUUUUGACAAAAUUUUGCCCACUGAAUAUGGACAUCGACGUUCUCCUUGGUUUUUCCUGAAAUCUUCUUUCUGGUUUCAACACCAAAGGGCUGAUCAUGUGGCCCUUGAGAAUGAAAUAGAUUCAGAUUCUUCACCUACCGACUCUUUUGAACCAGUGUCUCCAGAAUUCCACGGAAAAGAAGCCAUAAGAAUAAGAAAUCUUAAGAAAGAAUAUGGAAAAGGAAAUAAUGAAAAAGUAGAAGCCUUGAAAGGUCUAGUAUUUGACAUAUAUGAAGGCCAAAUCACUGCUCUCCUUGGUCACAGCGGAGCUGGGAAAACAACCCUGUUGAACAUGCUCAGUGGACUAUCCACCCCAACCUCAGGUUCAGUCACCAUCUAUAAUCACACCCUUUCAGAAAUGACGGACUUGGAAACAGUCAGAAAGCUCACUGGAGUCUGCCCACAAUCCAAUGUGCAAUUUGACUUCCUCACUGUGAAAGAAAAUCUCAGGCUCUUUGCUAAAAUAAAAGGGAUUCAGUCGCAUGAAGUAGAACAAGAGAUACAACAAGUUUUAAGGGACUUGGAGAUGGAAAAUAUUCAAGACAUCCUUGCUCAAAAUUUAAGCGGUGGACAAAAAAGGAAACUAACUUUUGGGAUUGCCAUUUUAGGAGACCCUCAGGUUUUGCUCUUGGACGAACCAACCGCUGGCUCAGAUCCUCUUUCAAGGCACCGUGUAUGGAACUUCCUAAAAGAGAGGAAAUCUGAUAGAGUCAUUCUCUUCAGUACCCAGUUCAUGGAUGAAGCUGACAUCCUGGCUGAUAGGAAGGUGUUUAUAUCCAAUGGGAGGCUGAAGUGUGCAGGCUCCUCUCUAUUCCUGAAGAAGAAAUGGGGCAUUGGCUAUCAUUUAAGUUUGCAUCUGAAAGAAAUGUGCGAUCCAGAUAGUAUAACAUCACUUGUAAAACAACACAUCCCUGAUGCCAAAUUAACAGCACAAAGUGAAGAAAAGCUUGUAUAUACUUUGCCUUUGGAAAGGACAAACAAAUUUCCAGAUCUUUACAGGGAUCUUGAUAGAUGCUCUAACCAGGGCAUUGAAAAUUAUGGUGUGUCCAUGACAACCUUGAAUGAAGUGUUCUUGAAAUUAGAAGGAAAAUCAGCUAUUGAUGAAUCAGACACUGGAAUUUGGAGAGAGUUACAAAGUAAUAGGACAAAAGACACAGGAAGCCUUGUUGAGCUGGAACAAGUUUUGUCUUCAUUUAAGGAAACAAAGAAAUCAAUCAGUGGCAUGGCUCUCUGGAGGCAGCAACUCUGUGCCAUAGCAAAAGUUCGCUUCUUAAAGUUAAAGAAUGAAAAAAAAACUCUGUUGACCAUAUUAUUGCUUUUUGGCAUUAGCCUCUGCCCUCAGCUUUUGGAACAUCUGUUCUAUGAGUUAUAUCAAAAAAGUUAUUCUUGGGGACUGACUCCUACUAUGUAUUUCCUCUCGCCGGGACAGCCACCUCAAGCUCCUCUGACCCACUUACUGGUCAUCAAUAAAACAGGGUCAAGCAUUGAUAACUUUAUACAUUCACUGAGGCAACAGAACAUAGCUUUGGAAGUGGAUGCCUUUGGAAUUAGAAAUGGCCCAAAUGAGCCUUCAUACAAUGGUGCCAUCACUGUGUCAGGUGAUGACAAGGAUCACAGAUUCUCGAUAGCCUGUAAUACCAAAAGGCUAAAUUGCUUUCCUGUCCUCAUGGAUAUCAUCAGCAAUGGGUUACUUGGAAUUUUUAAUUCUUCAGAACACAUUCAGACUGACAGAAGCACAUAUUUUGAAGAGCACAUGUUUUAUGAGCAUGGGUACCUGAGUAACGCCUUCUUCUGGAUACCUGUGGCAGCCUGUUUUACUCCUUACAUUGCGAUGAGCAGCAUCGGCGACUAUAAAAAAAAAGCUCACUCGCAGCUACGGAUUUCAGGCCUCUACCCUUCUGCUUAUUGGUUUGGCCAGGCACUGGUGGAUAUUCCACUCUACUUCUUGAUCCUCCUUCUAAUGCAAAUAAUGGAUUAUGUUUUUAGCCCAGAUGAGAUUAUAUUUAUAAUUCAAAACCUCUUAGUUCAGAUCUUGUGUAGUAUUGGAUACGUCUCAUCUCUGAUUUUCUUGACAUAUGUGAUUUCAUUCAUUUUUCGCAAUGGGAGGAAAAAUAGUGGCAUUUGGUCAUUUUUCUUCUUAAUUAUCACUAUCUUCUCAAUAGUUGCUACGGAUCUAAAUGAAUAUGGAUUUCUAGGACUAUUUCUCUGCACCAUAUUAAUACCACCUUUUACACUGAUUGGCUCUCUGUUAAUUUUCUCUGAGAUUUCUCCUGACUCCAUGGAUUAUUUAGGAGCUUCAGAACAGCAAAUUGUGUUUCUGGCACUGCUAAUACCUUACCUUCAUUUUUUCAUUUUCGUUUUUGUUCUCCGGUGUCUGGAAGUGAACUUUAGGAAGAAAUCAAUGAGAAAAGAUCCUGUGUUCAGAAUUUCUCCAAGAAGCAGCAGUAUUUUUCCGAACCCAGAAGAACCCGCAGGAGAGGGUGAAGAUGUUGAGGCGGAAAGAAGGAGAACCACAAAUGCUGAGACUCUUGCAGAUUUUGAUGGGAAACCUGUCAUCAUUGCUAGCUGUCUACGGAAGGAAUAUGCAGGCAAAAAGAGAAACUGCUUUGCUAAGAGGAAGAAAAAAGUGGCCAUAAGAAAUGUCUCUUUCUGUGUUAAAAAAGGUGAAGUUAUAGGGCUCUUAGGACACAACGGAGCUGGUAAAAGUACAACUAUUAAGAUGAUAACUGGAGACACAAAUCCAACUGCAGGACAGGUGAUUUUGAAAGGGAGCAGUGAAGGAGACUCCCUCGGGUUCCUGGGCUACUGUCCUCAGGACAACGUGCUGUGGCCCAACCUCUCAGUGAGGGAACAUCUGGAGGUGUUCGCUGCCAUCAAAGGGCUGAAGAAAGGGGAUGCUACAGUCACCAUCACACGGUUGGCAGAUGCGCUCAAGCUGCAGGACCAGAUGAAGCUGCCCGUGAAGACCUUAUCCGAGGGAAUAAAGAGGAAGCUGUGCUUUGCACUGAGCAUCCUGGGAAACCCAUCCGUGGUGCUUCUGGACGAGCCAUCCACGGGCAUGGACCCCGAGGGGCAGCAGCAAAUGUGGCAGAUGAUCCGGGCCACCUUCGGGAACACGGAGAGGGGCGCCCUCCUGACCACCCACUACAUGGCAGAGGCCGAGGCCGUGUGUGACCGCGUGGCCAUCAUGGUGUCGGGAAGGCUGAGAUGUAUCGGUUCUAUCCAACAUCUGAAAAGCAGAUUUGGCAAAGAUUAUCUGCUGGAGAUGAAGGUGAAGACCCCCACCCAGGUGGAGCCCCUCCACUGUGAAAUUCUGAGACUUUUUCCUCAAGCUGCCCGGCAGGAAAGGUACUCCUCCCUGAUGGUCUAUAAGUUGCCUGUUGAGGAUGUGCGACCCUUAUCACAGGCUUUCUUCAAAUUAGAGAUAGUUAAACAGAGCUUCGAUUUGGAGGAGUACAGCCUCUCCCAGUCCACCCUGGAGCAGGUUUUCCUGGAGCUCUCCAAGGAGCAGGAGCUGGAUGACUUUGAUGAAGAACUUGACCCUUCAGUGAAGUGGAAGCUCCUCCCACAGGAAGACCCUUGAAGCCCCAAGCUCCUCCCACAGAGAGACCCUGGAAGCCCCAAAUACUCUAUGUUUCUUUUGAAUCUUAUGCCUCUUUUUAAAGACAACAUUUUAUGUCAUAAAUAUAUCUUAUCUCAGAUAUGAUACAAAAUGCUUCUGACACCCAUGUCACCUUUUUUUCUCAAUAAUACGACACCUGCAAGGACUAAGGAGUAAAGUAAGUGAGAACAGUCACGACAGUGGACCAUGGGGCCUCUAUAUGGGCAACUAAAUCCCGCAUGUCAUACAGUAGUAAAUAAAAAAUGCAUUUAUUAUAGAAUGUUUGGGUUUCUGAAGAUGAUACAGACAUUCUCUAAUUUUCUUUUUUUGAACAUUAAAAUAUAGACUCUUUCCUUAUCCCGUUGAAUUAAGUGCGUAAGUAUAAAGUUAAGACCUAAUCCUGAUUUUAGGGGAAUAGGAGGCCUUGAUUGCAGCAGCACAGUAGUUGCUUUUCUUUUUUUGCAGUUUUUAUUUAAAUCCCAGUUAGUAAAAAAAAUAAAAAAAUUAAAAAAAUAAAUCCCAGUUAGUCAACACAUAGUGUCAUAUUACUUCAUGUGUCCAAUACAAUGACAAACGCUUCCGUACAACACCCGGCGCUCCUCACAAAUAUUUGCUUUCUGUAAUUCAAGGUUUGUUUGGUUUUUGGUUUUUGGUUUGUUUGUUUUGUUUUGUUUUGUUUUGUUUGCUUAUUUGUGAUACACAACUUUUUCUUUUCUGUCAUUUUUUUUCACAUUUUAAUAUUGUACAGUCUAUGUUUUGUCUGUCGUGAUUAUAAAGGCAAUUUGAAACCUGUUAAAAUAAGUAAUUUCAGCAAGAAUUUGAGUAAUCAAGUUGAUGAAAGUUUAAAAAUGACGUAUCUUGCAAUUUUGAAAUAUAUUUCUCAUUUUAUAUGUUUUCUUGUGCUGCAAGGAUCUACUCUUAUGCAAACUUUAAUUUCUCAUUGUUUAUGUAUGUUAUGACCUCUCCAACUGAUGAUCCUGUAAACACCUUAAAAUCAGUGCAAUAUACUUGUAUACUCUUA